AUGCCAGAUUUAUUUGACAACUUCUUCAGUUCAAUAGGUGCAAAAAUCAAUGGAGGCCAUACUAGACGUCGUUACUCUGCUGGAUCACAGGUGAAUACUGGAAGCUUUUACAGUUAUCACAAUUCGCCUAGUAACAACAAUUACUGGUUACCUAGGAAAUUGUCCACUUCUGAGGAUGCAAAAGAUAAGCCCGAAGUCAAUACUGAUGGAAAUGCUUUGGAUGGAACGCAACCAGUGAAGUUUGGCUCUACAGACCUUAGUGCAUCAAAUGCUUCUCCAAUGGAUGACAACAUUGGUCCUAGGUCCAGGUUAGGUAGUACUUCUUCGGAAAAGAGUAUGGAGAAUUAA